AUGGCAUUCUUCCUCCACCUGUUCGCCAGCAAUGUGCCAGAGCAUGUUGAGGAAGAAGUCCGACAGACUGGCAAGGGCAAGCUGGAGGUUCUGUAUGGGAGCGCCAUGCAGGCAAACAAGGCUGCCCUGGAGGCCGAGGCAGAGAAAGGCCUGCACUCGCCAGCCUCGCCGCUGGAUCCGCAGGGCACGGCAGUGUCCUCACCGGAGAAGGAGGCAGCCCCUCCACCACAGGAGCCCGAGCUGAUGCCCCGGCGACGGCGGCGCCGGUCAAGUGAUAUGCACCUCCCCGAGGUCUACAUCGCAGCAUCGCCGGUGGAUGCGUCUUCACCGGGCGCGGAGGAGCCGGAGCUGGAUUACUUUUCGAAGACCAACCCUGACUGCUACAAUACGGACGGGCAGCCGAUGCGUAAGCCUCGGUGGCGGCCGGAGAGGGCGUGGGACACGCCAUCGGCGACGGAAAGCGAUAAGGAGUUCGAGUCGGACAGCGAGAGCUCCUCAAGCUCGGAGGAUGAUUUCGAUGACAAGGACAGCUUAGCGUGCGUGGACCUCGAAAGCGCGGCUGCCAUGAGAGCUAUUGAGAUUCAGGCAGCUUCGCCUCGGGUGUCCUUGCACCGGGCAUCAGACAAGCACAAGAAGCCCAAGGCCAAGGCACGCCGGCACCAUCACAAGGAGCAGCCUCGCCAGGACCCGAUGCAGAGCUCGGCUGGUGCACCGGAGAUGCAGAUGGGCCAAGCGACGAUGGAGCAAAUGCCUGAGGCAGCUCCAAAUUCAGCUCAAGGCUGGAUGCCCACCUGCACCUGCUCCAUGAAAAUGGCACGGGACUGCACGGAGAAUCUCCUCUGCUGCUGCAGUGAAG